AUGAAAAGCCCACUCUCCAUUAUUCGUAAAUCUGAUCGACUCAAGUUUUGUUCACAUGACAUUUUAAGAGAUCUUUUCGAAAUUUUAGGGCCUGUCGCACUUAGAAUAAGAAGGUUUCACUCAAAGAAAAAUCAUUCUAAGCCUAAGAAAAUCAAGAUCAGAUCGCUGCCAAAAAAUUUAGAUGGGGUAUUAGGAUUAGCGUCUUUUAUUAGAGAAGUCGAGUUUUUAGGGCCUGAGUACGAGAGACUAUUGCAAAGCCGAGCAGCUACACAUUUAAAUAUUGCAAAGUUUAUUUAUCGUCACUUAACAGGUAGUAAUUAA